CCUGCCUGGCCCUGUGUUACCUCCCUGCACGUCGCCAUGUUCGAGCGUCGCGCCGCCGACCGCUAUCGCCUGCGCAUGCAUCGCGCCCGCACCGUCAAUCUGACCUCCGACGAGAUCGUCGAGGUGCGAGCCGCCCAGCGCACCUUCGAAGGCGCCUACGUCCGCACCGCCCUCUCCCAGUUCUCCUUCGCCCUCGUCGUCCUGAAGAUCUUCACCCACGAGUUCUACAGCACCGGCGCCCUGUUUGCCAUCUACGGCACCGGCGUGCUCAUCAUCGGCCUCUUCCGCCGGCAGCAGGGCAACCGUCAGUUCUUCUCCGAGGUGGGAGAGGACGGCGUGCACCGUCACAAAUUCCGCACCAGCGGGAACGCCGUCGUCGUGCUGACCGCGCUGAGCAUCGCCGCCUACGCCACCCUGAUCGCUCUCACCGUCCGACUGGAUCAUUAAUGACACAAGAGUAGUCCGCGCGGCCGCAUUCAAGGGAUGUAUGUUCCUGUAUGUCUAUCGACGAGGCGUCGGCAACCCACUCCCUCCUUGCGUAACUGCCAAGCGCCAAGACUCCCGCAGAAGGGCAGAAUGCCGUCCUUCGACGUCGCCCAUCCGAGCCAACCGUGCCGUUGUCUGGCUUCCGAGUAGAAAAUCAGGCGGGAUGGGAUGAUAGGGCGACGAAGGGUGAGCGGAAAUCAUUAUCAUAAGACCGCCCUUCGUACCACGCCCGGAGGAGCGUACGACGUUGCCAAGCCUAGUCCUGAUCUCCUGAUGAUGUGGUGACGAUAUAAGGGCGUAGUAGGGAGGGGGGGUUUUUUUUUU